AUGGUAAUUUCUAAACAGAUACGGCUACUAGUCAUAAUACAACUGAUCAAAACCACCCGCUGUCAAAAUGGAUUCACCGAACAAGACAUCCUCCGUUAUCAACAAAUGGCUUCCACCGAUGGUCAAGUUGAUACCAUCACAGGCUUCAACAACUUACUCCAGAGAGACCAGAACAACCAGCCACUAAGUUCACCCAGCAUACAAUACAACAUCAAUGAUGAUAACAGUAAAAAUAACUACGGUCGAACAUUUUAUUCAAGAAGCAGAAAGAUUUACAGAAUCAAAAACCCAUUUCAGCAACAGAUAGAAGAAACUGAGAAGCAACCAGAGAAUACGGAAUCGCAGGACAGCGGCGCAGGAGCUAGUAACCAGUAUGCAUCGAUGCAGUACUCUUUACCACCGGAGGAAUUCCUCCAACAGUUGAGAGCAGAGAAUCAGUACUACCAACAAACACAGAUGUCUACCCCAGCCCCGAACAUAGGGUACACAGCCACACCACAGCCACAGUACCAGUACUCGACAGUGUCUCCAUCUAAUUACGAUAGCAACAACCAACAGAAUAAUCAGAUACCAUUAGAGCCUAAAGCGUCACAUGGACAAACUUUCCUAUCCAGUCCCAGCCCUUACCAGUUUAGUACACCUAAUCCGUAUUUAGACAGCGUUCAGAGUACACCAUCCCCCCUUCCAUCUUAUUUAUCUACUCCUCUGAAUAAUGGUCAGUAUAGUAGUCAGCCUAGUGCGUAUGUAUCCAGCUCUUCGCCAUUAUAUCUUUCUAGUCCAUCAAACAUACAGUCAUAUGUUUCGUCUCCAUUAUCUGCCAUACAAACCGGUUCGCCUGAUUAUACCAACAGGGUCACAACAACGAUAGGUAAUAACGUAGGUUACGACAAUGGUGAUCAAAAUAAGAAAAUGCAAAUAGACCAUUAUGACUACGCCGGCAAUGGCGUUAGGUAUCCGGCGAGUAUGCAACAACAGUACCAGAACGAGUACACAUCUUCAUCGACUACUACAACUUCACCUUACCAGGACCAGCUGCGAGAAUCCUGGCAGAACGCUAUGAACGCCAAUAUCAAUGCUGCAGCAAAGUCCAUGCAGGAGAAUCAGUACAAUCAAUACCAGAAUUAUCAGUACCAAAAUAGCCAACAAGAUACAAGAUUAGAUUCAAACUCGGAUAAUGUAAACAGUGAAACCCAUCGCAUUGGUAGUAUGGCAUCUGCUAAUAAUUUAUUUGUUAAUUAUGUACAGCCUGAUAACCAAAUGUUAAAUAAUUUGAAAAUUCGCACCAGGGACUUGGACCAUGACACAGCCCAACCAGACCUAUAUUCUAAUGGUGACUUUGGAUGGAAACUGACCGGUAAAAAGCCUUUGAUUGAUUACAGUUCUGGGUAUCCUCCUAGAUAUUCCCAAUUAGGGAUGCAAUCCGACGGUACGGCUGUUAGCCAGGUGAGUUUCCAUAUGGACACUGGCAAACCUUAUAACUAUGACCAAGUUUCAAAAUCGGGAACUGAAGCGAUUGAAGCUCAAGAGUUUGCGAAAGCCGCUGCUAAAGCACACGAAAGAUUGAAACAACAGCAACAACAGCAGCAGCAGCAACAACAACAACAACAGCAAGUAUACGGAAGCAAUAACUACGGAUCCAGUAACAUUGGAAACUCUGACAUCAACAAUGCAGGAAGUGGGUAUUACGGCAACAAUGAUAAACAGAAAAAUAAAUACACUGACAAUUCAAAUAAUCCAUACUUGUACAAUACACAAAAUGAUCUAAUAACAGCGUCUCCAUAUUUCCUUUCAACGCCAGACAGUAAACCAAAACAACCGUUCGACCAUGACAAAGCAUUAAAGAACAUUGUCCCAAUAGAUGUUUCAAAUGUAGUAGGCAAUUCAGAUUCCCAAUUGAAGUCAGGAACCAAUUUAGACAGUAACAGUAGAUAUUCGGCUUCUAAUUACGGUAAAGAUCAACUAGAUCAAAAUGUUAGGCAGUAUCUAAGGCCCGUGACGGACUCAUUUUAUAAAGACAAAAACGCUAUCUACGGAUUCAACAUUAAAACCAAGUCUGAUGACUACUUGACUUCUGAUAAUAUGAAACAAAUUGAAUCUAGUAUUUACGGUAAACAGCAAUCACCAGAGUCUGGUUACAGUCCAGGAAGUUACUCUGGAUCACAAGGCCUGAGCUAUUUAUCUCAACAAGUUAAUAACUACCCAGAUAAUAUGCAAUCACAGAGCUCUCAGCAGGCGGGAUACAAUCGUAACCAAAACCAGUUACCGUCAGAUAUUGCUAGCAUAUUAAAAUUCAACGAUAUUCCAUACAAACUUACUCAAGGUAUGGCUAACGAUGCGCUUAAGUUACACAACCUGAACUUUGAUCAAGGGACUAUACCAACACCUUUGCCAAUGAGAAUAAAUCAAAACGUUGCGAGUCAUCAACUUGACGUCACUAGCAACUUGCUGAGCAAACUUUUAUUAAAUAAGCAACCAGCUAUGAAUAUCAAUAGACCUGAAAUGGAUCAAACAGGUAAUUUAAUAUCGACCAUCAAUGGCUUUAAAGUAGCCAAUCCAUUUAAUAUGGAUCUUAAAUUGGUUGCCGAUAUGUUGAAAGGAAAGCCCACCGUAGAUGAUUCUCAAAUGAUGACACUAAGAGAUCAAUAUUCAAAACCAUCACCUCUGAAGUUUGAUUUAUCACAGUUACAGUUUCUAUUGAAAAAUGAAAAUGCUGGAAAUCUAGCCCCUAUAAAUGAUGGACUGAGCGCACUUGGUGGGUCUUACUUAGAUAUUUACAACAACGGAAGAUUUCCUUAUCAAGGACCAAAAUACUCUCGUAGUCAAGAAGAAGAGGAAAGUAUAAGUGUUCCUAUUGCUGAUGCAUCAAGUACUCACCCAAUAGGCGCUGUAAUGGAACAAGAUGAUUCAACAAGUGAAAGAGAUGUUAGCUCUGUAUCUGAUCUAACGGGACAGGGUGAUGAUGUAAUCUCCAGCAAUUUUGACGAAACCAGAACAAAAAGCCGUUUUAUGCCUGGUUCGAGACCGAUAAACGAGAGGCACAGGCAUCCAAAUUUGUUGAUGUCAGGGCGUCAUUCAUAUCAAAGGAAAUAUCCGAAGGCUGAUGUUGAUGAACCCUAUCCUUUACUGAAACCUCCUCCCCCACAUUCUCACAUGAGUAGGGGUAGUCACGGGAAAAUGGAAAAACAUACUCGUAGGAGACGUGUAAACAAACCGAAACUUCUUCGUAUUAUGAAGACUGAGCCGUUGUUUGAGGCUGGUGCUGAAACCGAGAGUUUAGAGACUUCUGUACCAAUUCUAUUGCGACCGCCGCCACCGGUCGCGGAGUCAAAGUCCGAUACUAUUGGUACCGAGGCUUCUACGUAG